AUGAUAAAGCUAAGCAGUUGCUUUACAUUUGGGGAUGUUGAUCUUGUACCUACUUUGGAGGAGUAUACGACUUUAUUGCGUUGCUCGAAGAUUCAGAGUCACAAGGCUUAUAUCAGGCCUGCUAGCGUUCUAACUUUUACGAAGAAGUUGGUAAUGAUUACUGGGAUGAGUGAGCAGUGGGCUGUAGCUCGUGUACAGCAAAAGGGUGAUAGUAAAUGCAUUUCAUGGGCCAUUUUAAGGGAUUUGAUAUCGACACAUCCAGACGUGAAGAAAAAGGUCGACGUCCUAGCUUUGAGUAUUUACGGUAUGGUGAUUUUCCCAAAGGCGUUGAGGUAUAUAGAUAAGGCAGUUGCGGAUUUAUUCAAUCGACUUGGUAAACAGAACACACCUGUGCCCGCGAUCCUAACUGAGAGGAUAAGAUCCUUGAAUGCAUGUCGAAGAACCGGUGAAGGAAGAUUCAUUAGAUGUGCACAGUUACUGUUGGUCUGGUUUCAUAGCCACUUCUGGAAGCUUGAUAAGGAUCAUUGCCGAGUAUUCUUUGAGGGUUAUUCUCCCUUAAAGGAAGUUGUAGACAUGCCUAGAAGAGAUGACAUUUCAGAAGAGAGGUGGAUAGAUAUUCUUCAGAAUCUUCGAAAGGAAGAUGUUAUGUGGAAGGCUCCUUGGUUGGUUCCUAGUGAAGUCCUUUACCGAUGUGGCAGUUUCAAUUGGGUCCCUUUGCCAGGAAUUUGGGGAGUUGUUGGAUAUACACCACUGCUUGUUCUAAGGCAGUAUCAAGCAAGGCAGUUUAUACCAGCUACACAGGGUUUAGCUCAGAGCGAUUUCUCUUAUAAAGGUGAUCACUACAAGAAGAAGAUGCGGGAGAUUUCUGAGGCUUGGAAGAAGCCUUUCUGUAUGAAGAUCUUGACUGAAGGCUCGACGUCAACUCCUGAGUAUAAAGGGUGGUUUAUGAAGAGAUUCAACGAUAAUAUCCCUAGUCCGAUUUUGGGAGAGGCUCGAUUAUUAGAGGAGAACUUGCGAGUGAUCCCGUCGGAGUUGGAGGUUGUGAAGUAA